AUGUAUGCACAUUUUUCUAGAUUAUUUAUAAUUGGGUUAAAUAGUUAUUACUUAAUUAAAAGGAAAGAUAAAAUAUAUUUUUGUGAAGAUAAACUGGUUGAAAGAGUUUUUUUAUUUGGAGAUAGACGUUCUUUAAUUAAAGAUACUAAGGAAAAUGGAGAAGCACAAUUUUUUGAAAAAAAUAAAAUAAAAGUAAAAAAAAUAACAUUCGGUAAUUGUAUAGGUAGCUGUAUAACAGAAAAUGAUGAUAUUUACAUAUGGGGAUCCUAUGAAAAUGAAGAAAGCAACGAACAGAUUUAUAUUAACCCAGUAAAAUUAAGCAUCAACGAGAUUAUUAGUGAUGUUCAGUUUUCAAAUAACGAUAUAUAUUUAAUGAGUAAAAAAGGUGAAUUAAAAAUUAUACGAAACUAUAAGAAUUGUUUAAAAACUAGGGAAUUUAUAAUUGAAAAUUUCUAUAAAUGCAAAAAUAGUUUUUUUAGGUGUGAAAGAAUAAUAAAAUUAAGUGUGAAUAAGUUCCACCUAGCUUUUGUUACAAACAAAGGUAAUAUUUAUUGUUCAGGAAAUAAUUUUUAUGGGCAAUGUGCAAAAGAACCAUCUUUUAAAAAUAAUUCAAAUUUAAAUUAUAAUUUCGACUUUUUAAAUAAUAUUCACAACCCGUUAAACACACUAUAUAGCACUCAUAGAAACAGUAUUAAAAAUGAUUACGAUAUUAAAAAGGAAAAUGAUUUACCAAAAAAAAAUGACGAUUAUGAUAUAAAUUAUUCUAAUAAAAUGGAAGAGAAAAAUAGUAAAAUAAAUACGUAUUUAAAUAGUACUAAUUUAGAAGUAGUUAACAUAAAUAAUAAAUUAAAAAAAAAAAAUAACUUAGAUAAUGGUAAUGAAAUUGAUUUUAUGGUUAUUAAUGAAAAUAAUAAAGAAAAAGAAAAUUUUAAUUAUUUUACUAUAAAGAAGAAUGAAGAAAAUUUAAAUGAUCUAAAUAAUUAUGUUGAUAUUAAUAAAGUAGAAUUUAAAGAAAAAACAAAGAUUAUUGAUGUUUCAUGUGGUGUAAAUCAUACUUUGUGUUUAGAUGAUAAAAAUAAUAUUUAUAGCUUUGGAGAUGAUAGUAAAAUUCAAUUAGGAUUAGGAGAAAGUAGAACAAAUAAAAAUUCUUUAACAGGAACAAAAUGGAAAGAUCAAAUAAAACUUGGUUAUUCAUCAUUAACAAAAAAUUUAGCUAAUUAUUCUUUUUAUGAUAGGCAUAUACAAAGUAUUCCACAAAAAAUUCUAAGAAAAAUUAAUGAUACUGAAAUUAUUAAUGAUGUAUAUAAAAUUAAUGCAGGUGCAAAUUUUUCUAUGAUCUAUUCAAAUGAUAGACUCGGAAAACAAUUAUUCUGUUUUGGAGAUAAUAUUUAUUUUCAGUGUGGUAGGCAUUUAGGUAAGCAUCAACAAACCUUAUCUACUGUAAAAUUACCUAAUAACGAAAUAAAAGAUUUUUCAUGUGGUGAUAGGCAUUGCUUGUUAAAUUUAAAUAAUAAACUUUAUGGAUGGGGAUAUAAUAAUAAUAAUCAGAUUUCACCAUUUAAAAAUAAAGGUAUAAUUAAUUAUCCAUUAUAUAUUUUUUCUGAAAAAUAUUAUCCAGGUAACAUUAAUAUAAAAUAUUUGAAUGCUAAAUACGAUAACUCUGCCAUCAUAAUAACACAUAAAAGCUGUGAAUAA